AUGGCGUUUCCAAGAAAUUCACAUAAUAACAUGCUAGAAGGUUUAAGCACGAGUAGAGCACCAUUCUUUGAUGGGGUAGACUUUCCUUAUUGGAAAAUUAGAAUGGAAACGUUUCUUCAAUCCAUUGAUUAUGAUUUGUGGCAUAUUGUACGUUAUGGUCCUUACAUUCCUAUGCAUGUUGUAGAUGGUGUAGAAACUAUAAAGAAAUAUGAUGCAUAUAAUGAAAAUGAUAAGAAGAUGAUGUCUAAGAAUGCUAAGGCUAAGUAUGCUUUAAUAUGUGGACUAGAUAGAGAUAUAUUUAAAAAUAUUGAGCAUGCCUCCUCGCCUCAUGACAUGUGGAAAAUGUUAGAAGAUAUGGUGACCAAAAUUUUGAGAAUUCUCACCAAAGCCUACCAAGGCAAAGUAGUUGCCAUCCAAGAAGCCAAGGACCUCUCAACUCUACCAUUGGAAGAGCUCAUUGGUUCUCUCAUAAAUCAUGAGAUUUUCAUGAAUGCUCAAGAAGAAGAGGAAGUUGAUAAAAAGAAGAAGAACACAAUUGCAUUCAAAUCCACUUCACAUGAUGAUAGUGAAGCUAGUGAGGAUGGUGAUAGUGAUAUGGAGGAUAUAACCCUACUGACAAAGAACUUUAAGAAGUUUUUGAAGUUCAAGAAGAAUGCAAAUAGAUUUUACAAAGGGAGUAACUCAAGGGAGAGCUCAAGAAAAGAUGAUCAAAUUAUUUGCUAUGAAUGCAAAAAGCUCGGUCAUAUGAUAACGGAUUGUCCUUUGAGAAAGAGGAGUAGAAGAAGGGCAAUGAUGGCUACUUGGAGUGAAAGCGAGAAAGAAAGUUCCGAAGAUGAACAACAUGAGAUAGCCAACACUUGCUUUAUGGCCAUUGAUGAUAAGGUAAGUAAUCCUAACCAUACAAGUGAUUUUGAAAGUGAAAGUGAUGAUGAUGCACUUGAUAUGUCUUAUGAUGAAUUAUCAAAAUCCUUCAAUGAUUUGUUUGUUGAUUUUGAAAAAUUGCUUGCUAAGAACUCAACUCAAAGAAAGAAAAUAAGUUUAUUGCUUGAAGAAGUUGAGGCUUUGAAAGUCAAAGAAAAUGAGUUUUUGAUUGAAACCCAAUGCAAUAAUUGUUCCUUAUUUGAAAAAGAUCUUGUAAACUUGAAAGCUAAAAUUGAUGAUUUAAAAAAGGUCAUUAUGCAAAUUUUUGGUGAACUUUGGACAUACCUUUGA